GCGGAGGAAGAUGGAGACCGAGCCCGGUGCGCAAACAUCAAAUCAGACGCAAACAGAUUCAUUAUCUCCAUCCUCUAAUCCCGUGUCACCUGUGCCUUUGAAUAACCCAACAAGUGCCCCAAGAUAUGGAACAGUGAUCCCUAAUCGCAUCUUUGUAGGAGGAAUUGACUUUAAGACAAAUGAAAAUGAUUUAAGAAAAUUUUUUUCCCAGUAUGGGUCUGUAAAAGAAGUGAAGAUUGUAAAUGACAGAGCUGGAGUGUCCAAAGGGUAUGGUUUCAUCACAUUUGAAACACAAGAAGAUGCACAAAAAAUUUUACAAGAGGCAGAAAAACUUAAUUAUAAGGAUAAGAAACUGAACAUUGGUCCCGCAAUCAGAAAACAACAAGUAGGGAUACCUCGUUCCAGUAUCAUGCCAGCAGCUGGAACAAUGUAUCUAACAACCUCUACAGGAUAUCCUUACACUUAUCAUAAUGGUGUUGCUUAUUUUCACACUCCAGAGGUAACUUCUGUCCCACCACCUUGGCCUUCACGUUCUAUAUCUAGCUCCCCUGUGAUGGUAGCUCAGCCAAUUUACCAACAACCCUCUUAUCAUUACCAGGCCCCUGCACAGUGUCUUCCAGGACAGUGGCAGUGGGGUGUUCCUCAGUCACCUACUUCUUCUGCUCCAUUCUUAUACCUGCAACCUUCGGAGGUGAUUUACCAGCCAGUGGACCUGGCACAAGAUGGUGGAUGUGCGCCGCCUCCACUGUCUCUGCUGGAAACCUCAGUUCCAGAGCCUUAUUCCGAUCAUGGAGUUCAAGCCACGUAUCACCAGGUUUAUGCUCCAAGUGCCAUUGCUAUGCCUGCACCUGUGAUGCAGCCUGAACCAAUUAAAACAGUAUGGAGCAUUCACUAUUAAGACAAUUGGGCAGCUCUAGUCCAGCUCAACAGAUUUCUUUUCCAAAGAUCCUUGUGUGACCAAGAUCCAGCUCCAACGAAUCGGCUAGAAGCUGCCCGUUGUGAAAUUUAGGAUAUAAAGAAAAGAAGAACUGAAGUGAUAUGAAAAUUCAUUUGUACCAAAAAAAUUCUGCUUAAAUUGUGAGAUUUUGUUCUUAUUUUAUGGAUAAUGUAACAUAGCCAUAAUUGCAAAA